GGCCUUUUGCCUUCCCUCCUGAAAGACCUUGAAACUACGCAAGGAAAGCUCCCAAGCCCCUCCUAAAAAUAAAAUCACUACUUCUUCCCCAUCUCAAAAUGAGCAUCAUAACAGUUUCAGCAUCAAAGCACUCAAACCUCCUCCGCCUCCUCACAUCCCACACUUUCCUCCGCCGCCUUUCCACUGAACCUCCAGAACCACAACCACCGCCACAACAAAAAACUAGCAACCAUAACUCAAUCAUAACCGAAGCCCUACAACUCCUUCAAACACCAGGAAAUGAAUGGAACACCACUCAACUCAAUCAACUCCUCUUCCCCGACUCUCCUCCUUCCUCCUCUUCUCCUCGCCUUUUCUAUCAAAUCACCCGCCGCUUACCUUCCUCUUCUCAAGCCCUCAAGUUCCUCAAUUACCUCCAAAAUAACUCCCCUUCUUCACCAGACACCCAAUCUCUACUCUCCUAUACUUUCCAGGCCAUUUUCGAGCUCGCUUUUUGUGAACCCGAUUCAAAUGCUAAUCUAUCCAGGCUUUACAAAACCUCGAAAGAGUUGAAUAUUCCUCUCACCAUCAAUGCUGCGUCGAUUCUCCUUCGCGCCUAUGGAAGGAGUGAGUUGGUGGAGGAAUCUCUCAUUCUCUUCAAUGAUCUUGACCCAUCUGUUAAAAACACCUAUCUUCGUAAUGUUUGGCUCAGUAUUUUGUUGAGGUCCGGGCGUGUUAAAGAUGCAUUGAAGGUGAUCGAUGAAAUGUUUGAGUCAAAUGAAGACUCUAAUUGUCGUCCCAACGACGCUACAGGGGAUAUUCUGUUUUCGUUUUUGUUGAAGAGAGAAAGAAAUGAAGAACUUUUGAGUGAAGAUGAGAUUGUUAAUCUGGUGUUGAAGUUCGGCGAGCAUGGGGUUCUUAUUAGUUCGUUUUGGAUUGGUCGAUUGAUUGCCAGGCUGUGUCGGAAUCGGAAGACUAAUAGAGCUUGGGAUCUUUUUACUGAAAUGAUAAAACUAGGGGCUGUUUUGGAAUCUGCUACUUGCAAUUCAUUAUUGACAGGGUUAGCAAGAGAGGGCAAUUUUAAUAGAAUGAAUGAACUAAUGGCAAAGAUGGUGGAAAUGGAUAUUCAACCGAAUGUUGUUACUUUUGGGAUUCUUAUUAAUCAUAUGUGCAAGUUUAGGAGAGUCGAUGACGCGUUGGAGGUUCUUGAAAAGAUGAGUGGUGGUAAAGAGAGUGGUGGCAUAAGUGUUUCGGUUGAACCGGAUGUUGUUAUUUAUAAUACGUUGAUUGAUGGACUUUGUAAAGUUGGAAGGCAACAAGAAGGAUUGGGUUUGAUGGAAAGAAUGAGAUCACAGAAGGGGUGCGCUCCUGAUACCAUUACAUACAAUUGCUUGAUCGAUGGGUUUUGUAAAGCUGGCGAGAUAGAGAAGGGAAAGGAGCUGUUUGAUGAGAUGAAUAAAGAGGGUGUUGCACCAAAUGUCGUCACGGUUAAUACUUUGGUUGGUGGCAUGUGUAGAACUGGGAGAGUCAGUAGUGCAGUUGACUUCUUUGUUGAGGCGCAAAGGAGAGGUAUGAAAGGUGAUGCUGUUACUUAUACAGCUUUGAUUAAUGCUUUCUGUAAUGUGAACAAUUUUGAGAAGGCAAUGGAGCUCUUCAAUGAAAUGUUGAAAAGUGGAUGCUCUCCAGAUGCAAUUGUCUACUACACCUUGAUCUCUGGUUUUAGCCAAGCUGGAAGGAUGGCCGAUGCCAGUUUUGUCUUGGCAGAGUUGAAAGAGCUUGGGAUCCGCCCUGAUACAGUGUGCUAUAAUACUAUGAUUGGUGGGUUUUGCAGGACGAACAAGUUUCAUAGAGUUUUUGAGAUGCUCAAGGAAAUGGAGGAAGCUGGAUUGAAACCCGAUACUAUCACAUAUAACACUUUGAUUGCUUAUGCCAGCAAAACUGGGGAUUUAAAGUUUGCACAGAAAGUGAUGAGAAAGAUGAUCAAAGCAGGUGUGAUGCCCACUGUUGCUACAUAUGGUGCUCUAAUAAAUGCAUAUUGCUUAAAUGGAAAUAUUAAUGAAGCCAUGGAGAUUUUCAAAGACAUGAAAGCUGCAUCGAAGGUUUCACCAAACACUGUGAUAUACAACAUUCUAAUCGACUCUUUGUGCAAGAAUAAUAAAGUGAAAUCUGCUGUUACUUUGAUGGAAGAUAUGAAAAUUAGGGGGGUGACGCCAAAUACCACCACAUACAAUGCUAUAUUCAAAGGCCUUAGAGACGAGAAAGAUUUGGAAAAAGUCUUUGAAUUCAUGGAUAGAAUGAUCGAGCAUGCUUGUAAUCCUGAUUAUAUAACCAUGGAGAUCCUCACAGAGUGGCUCUCUGCAGUUGGUGAAAUAGAGAGGUUGAAAAAAUUUGUUGCGGGAUGUGAGGUUUCUGGUUCCACUGCACAAAAGGCUUCUUCUAGGACGUGAUUCCUGAAAACAUGUGUGCUGUCCCGAUAAGUUAGCAAUGUUUAGGAGAGACCAGGAGUCCAGUUUUCUGUCUGUAAUGGUUCCUCUCUCCAUGUUGCUCUAUUUGUUGGGGCUUCUAGCCGGACUUGUUCUAGAGAACCACAUUCUCCUGAGGUGUAUCAAUACGAGCGUGCUAGUCCCACAACACCAUCCAAUUGAUGGUGGAUUCCUUCCUCUCAUUUUGAAGAAUGGGAAAGGGGAGAUUGGUAUAAUUGCGAUGCUUGUCACAGUUAAAUUGCAUUUUGAUAUUUGCUUGCUGAAA